CAGUUUCGUCUCAGAAUUAUUUCCCCUUUCCUUAUUAUGCCUUAGCUUCAUUUUCAGAUUUUCCUCCAUUUUCUCUUCUGGGCACCUGCAAAUUGCUCUGUCUUUCUCAUUUCGGUCUCUGGCGCUGCUUUGAUUCAUUGUAUAGUGAACCAUUCGUAUAUUUGGCUAAUGGGUUCUUCUGAAGCAGUUCUGCAAGUUUUUUCCAGAACUGUACCUCACCAUUUUUUUACUGACUCAUCUUUUGGAAAAUUAAAAUCCGAUUCAACACAUUCUUCUAAGAACUACAUCAAAUGCAUAGACAAAAAGGUCUCCAAAUGUAUGCAAUUGGGAAGUGGUCCAUUUGGAAAUAUGACGAUUUGUCGUCCAUCACUUCAGAGUUGCAAGUGCCAUCCGUCCGAAAGAGUUAGUGGGAUAACUGCGGAAGAUGUCAACGGGACAUGGUUUGUAGAUAAUGCGAAUAAGUUAAAUACAAUCAAUGGUGUGGUGAAUGGACCAAAUGUUCUGGAGUUUCAGGAUGUUCAACAAUCGAAACAGGAAAAAGAUGGUUUGACAUCUAAUGGUGCUAAUGGAACAGUAGUCAGAGAUGAGUUUCGUAAGAUUAGUGUCGAUUCCAUUGAGGAUGAAGCAUGGAAUUUGCUACGGGAUUCUGUCGUUUACUACUGUGGCAGUCCUAUUGGAACCAUUGCCGCAACUGAUCCGACCAGUUCCAAUGUUUUGAACUAUGACCAGGUCUUCAUCCGUGACUUCAUACCUGCCGGUAUAGCUUUCUUAUUGAAGGGAGAGUAUGAUAUUGUUCGGAACUUCAUCCUACAUACACUUCAAUUGCAGAGCUGGGAGAAGACAAUGGACUGCCAUAGUCCUGGUCAAGGAUUGAUGCCUGCUAGCUUUAAGGUUCGCACAGUUCCCUUGGAUGGUGAUGGGUCGGCAACAGAAGAGGUACUUGAUCCAGACUUCGGGGAGGCAGCAAUUGGUCGUGUUGCACCUGUUGAUUCUGGAUUGUGGUGGAUUAUCUUGUUACGCGCUUAUGGAAAGUGCUCUGGCGAUUUGUCUGUUCAAGAGAGAGUUGAUGUACAAACAGGCAUCAAGAUGAUACUAAAGCUCUGUCUUGCUGAUGGUUUUGAUAUGUUCCCUACAUUGCUAGUGACGGAUGGCUCUUGCAUGAUAGAUCGCCGUAUGGGUAUUCAUGGACACCCUCUAGAAAUCCAGGCACUCUUUUAUUCAGCAUUACUUUGUGCACGUGAGAUGCUUGCUCCCGAGGAUGGAUCAGCUGAUCUUAUCCGAGCACUUAACAAUCGUCUCUUGGCUUUGUCAUUCCACAUCAGAGAGUAUUAUUGGAUUGACAUGAAAAAAUUGAAUGAAAUCUACCGUUACAAAACUGAAGAAUACUCAUAUGAUGCUGUCAAUAAAUUCAACAUUUACCCGGAUCAAAUUUCUCCUUGGUUGGUAGAGUGGAUGCCCAGCAAAGGGGGUUACUUGAUUGGAAACUUGCAACCAGCUCAUAUGGAUUUCCGAUUCUUUUCUUUAGGAAAUUUGUGGUCCAUAGUAAGCAGCCUUGCUACCAUGAAUCAAUCACACGCCAUUUUGGAUCUUAUAGAGGCCAAAUGGGAUGAUUUGGUGGCUGACAUGCCUUUUAAGAUUUGUUAUCCUGCUCUAGAAGGCAUGGAAUGGCAGAUCAUAACAGGCAGCGAUCCCAAGAACACGCCUUGGUCUUACCACAAUGCGGGUUCUUGGCCGACUCUGCUGUGGCAGCUGACAGUUGCAUGCAUAAAGAUGAACAGACCAGAGAUUGCUGCUAAAGCUGUCGAUGUUGCUGAGAAACAUAUAUCACGAGACAAGUGGCCCGAAUAUUACGACACCAAGAGAGCAAGGUUCAUUGGAAAACAAGCACACCUAUAUCAAACUUGGUCAAUUGCAGGAUACCUUGUUGCGAAGCUCUUGCUUGCUGAUCCUAGUAAGGCCAGGAUGUUGAUAACCGAGGAGGAUUCCGAGCUAGUCAAUGCUUUCUCUUGCAUGGUCAGUGCCAACCCGAGAAGAAAGCGCGGCCGGAAGACUUCAACACAGACCUACAUAGUUUGAGUUCUCCGCAACCACUAAUUUUAAUGUGGUGUGAUAGGUACUUGAUUAUUCUCCUGAUAUUAUUAUUUUUAUCACUAUUAUUAUUUUAGUGAACUAUGAUUGGAGUAUAAGAGAAAGUUAGCUGAGUCUAAAAUAGAUUAUAUCUUCUUUUACAUUUGUUUGCAUGUAUAGGCCUAAAUGUUACACAGGCUUAUUCAUGUAUAUUAGAUUAUUAGUAUUGUAUUGUAAAGAUGACAAAAGUCCUGAAUGAGGUCCAUAGAUAGCACUGAAUUGACUCAGGUGAUAACAUUACACCUAAAUCUUAUAAAUAUAAAUAUAAUAAAAAAAUAUUGUU